GAUACUCUGACAGGAAGGAAGCAGAGGCGGGACAGUGACAGCAGCGGUAAAGUGAGUGACAGUGACAAGACCGUCGACUGCACUUGUUUCCAUCCACACACAGCAGGGGUGUCCACUGAGGAGGUGCGCUGAUUCUGUUUGGCUUCCGUUCAUUCAACACGGUUCUUCUGCUCAACACAAACACUAUUACUAGGUCCUCGCGUGCGUGUGUGUCUGGCUGCACUUCAUCAUCUUGUCACCAGUCCGCGCCGCCCCAUCAUGGCCCUCACGCAGAGUCUUCUCGUGCUGCUGCUGUUCACCAUCGUCAACGCCGCUGUGGGUCCAGCUGCUGUGGCCCACAGGACUCCUAGUGGCAGUCUUUCUGACACCCAGGAAAGCUUCCCUAAUGACCCUCUGAGUAUCAUAAGACCCGUAAUGGAAGUCGCCUCUCAAGAAAACAGUGACUCGUCCAUGGGUGUGAUGCAGGAGACCGCCCACAGAGUGUUGCCGCCCCCUCUCUGGAACAUAUUUUUCGAGGAGCUCCCCGAGUUGAUGUUUGAGUCAAACUAUGAACCUGAAGCUCAGGCAGAGUGGGAGGGAAACGCACUGCCAAAUUUUAACUGGCUGGAAAAGCUCGCCCCUUACUAUCUGCCCAACACUACGAACGUAUCGUCCGAGUGCAGGAGAGACGUGCACGCCAUCAGCGCGGCAAUCGCCAAGGGGGACGACUGGGCGCAAAGAAUCGUGGAUUCAUGGGGUAAGUUCUCGGACGGACUGCUGGCCGGGAACACAAUGCAGAUGGGACUGCUGGACGAAUGCCUCAUGGCCUCCGUGAACUCUCAGGAUCCGGACGCACACUUCAGGGGACAAUACUGCGCCUUCUCCUUCAGCAUGAAACCCAAAUCCAGGCGAGCACUGGAGGAAGGAUAUGACGAAGAAGAGGAGGAGAAAGAGGAAGAAAUGGGGGUGGAAGUGCAGAUUCCUGAACUACACGUCGCUAACAUAAAAGGCAUGCUGAAAUUGGCACUUCCCUACAACCUCAUGGCCACGUGCAUCCCUUCCACCUGCACCGAGGAGGAGUACAUGGUAAGUUUGGUGGAUCAACUGAACAAAACCGGGCUGGAGUUAUCAAUGCUGGAGUGCCAGACGAAGGACCUGCCCACACUGCGAUACAACGCUGCCGAUAUCAUCAUGAUCAUCACCCUUAUAAUCAUGGGCAUCCUGGUGGUGGUGGGGACUGUGGCAGACGUCUGGAUCCAGACCUCUGAGGACCAGGAGGCUGCCCAGGGUCCUUUGCGUUACUUCCUCGUGUUCUCCUUUUACACCAACCUGUCCAAGAUCUUCAGAAUCAACGUGAAGGAGAAUGAGGAGGUCAUCUCUUGUCUCCAUGGCAUGAGGGUGCUAAGCAUGUGCUGGGUGGUGAUCGCCCACUCCUACCUGCUCUCCAUCAUGAACAGUGCCAACAAAGGCCUCAUCACCCAGAUGGUGGCGGAGCACCCCUACUUCUACCAGAUCAUCCUGAACGGCUACCCCUCCGUCGACACCUUCUUCGUCAUGAGUGGCCUCCUCGUCGCCUACAAUGUGACGAAGGAGUAUCAGCGAACGUCCAAAUUUAACGUGCCUCUUUACUACAUCCACAGGUUCAUCAGACUCGCCCCGCCCAUCAUGCUGUUGUGUGGGUUCCUUGCUGUGUUCCCGCCGCUGUUCGUGCAGGGCUCAGUGUCGCCAAUAAUGACAACGAAGGGCAACAUGGUGGACAACUGCAUUAACUACUGGUGGCGCGACAGUUUCUUCAUCACCAAUGCCUUUAUCGGUCACAAAGAUGGACAGUCAUGCUUGCCGGUAUGCUGGUAUACGGCGGUGGACUUCCAACUUUACAUCGUGACGCCGCUCAUGCUCCUGCCGAUAGUGUACUUCCGUAGAACAAGAGCGGUGGUGUUUGGAUCCUGGCUGCUGGCCUCUGUCAUCAUCCCUAUGAGCAUCAUCGGAGGCCGCCAACUUCCUCCCACCAACGUGAUGGACGUAACUCAACAGGAUGCGGGGAACUCGAUGGAGUACGUGUACACAAAGCCGUGGUGCCGAGCGUCGCCCUACCUUAUGGGCCUCGGUUUGGGCUACUUCCUGAGGGUGGUGGACAAGGAGAAGGUGCAGCUCAAAUGGUGGCAGGCGGUGCUGGGCUGGAUCGCCGCGGUGGCCACCAUGAGCGCCGUAGUGUUUGGCCUCAAGGACUACAACACCCUGACAAUGAAACCCCACGAGUAUGUGCCCGCGAUAAGCAUUCUGUACGGCGGCCUGCACCGCCUCGCGUGGGGCGUUGCGGUGGCCUGGAUGGUCUUCGCCUGCCAUAUGGGAUACGGAGGUCCCAUCAACAGCCUGUUGGGGCACCCCAUAUGGCAGCCCCUCAGCCGGCUCACCUACUCCAUCUUCCUCAUCGCCCUCAACGCCCAGACCAUCUACUACAGCUACUACUCCCGCCUGCCCCUCUACUUCACGCCAUUUUACAAGCUAAUGGAGACCGCGGGGAUCCUGCUCAUCUCUACGUUCGGUGGGGUGCUGCUCUCCCUCCUGACCGAGUCUCCCGUGCUGGGCCUUGAGAAACUCCUACUCAGAAAGCCUGCUACUACGAAUGUUAAGGUUCCUUGAUUCAUGCCUCGCCUUGUUUCCCCUUCCACUCCUCUUUCUCUCUUAAACAUGCGGCAUCUUCUCCCUAUUUGUAACGCCGUAUGAUCCAAGUUGCUAAAUCAAUCAAUCAGUCAAUUCCACCUCCUUUUCUCUGUGAAUGUUAAGUCACUUUACAAAAUAUGUAUUAGUGAAUUGAUUAUGUAUUAAAGUCGUUCACGUCAUUAUCAAUAAGCAGACAUGUGAGGGUGUUGUCAGGUAUCAGGAGCCGCCACCCACGUCCUUAUCUGUCUUGCAGGUGUACGAGACAGACCUUAGCAUGAGGAUGUACACACUGAGACAAAAGUAAAGUGCCUCAGACAAUGCAAAAAUGGUCUCCUGUGUAAUAUUCAUGUUUGUUGCUAUUGUCAGUGAUAAAAACAUAUAUAUGAAUCUUAUCGCCAUGCUAUUUGUGUUUUAUUGUUGUUUCUCUUCGCAUUUCUUUUACUUUUUUUUAUGAUUUUGUCUCUUUAAUGUCUCAUCAAUUUUUUUUUUUUUACUUUUCCUUUCGCUUUUUUCUUAUUCCAUAUCAGUGUUUAUCUUCAUUCCUCCUACUUCCCGUACCUUCUUCUUCUUCUUCUUCCUUCUCCUCCUUCUCAUCAACUCUUCCCAAUAUUUUUACCACAAUAUGUUCAUACAUACACAUUAAUAGUGUUGUAUGUAUGAACACACACACACACACACACACACACACACACACACACACACACACACACACACACACACACACACACACACACACACACACA